AUGAACCCGCAAGAUUCAUCCGUUAAUGGCGCUGCGCCCAAGGCCCAGUCGCAGUCUACACAGGCAGACCAGAAUGCCCGCACAACCAUACUUCCCCCGACCUACGACGAGUUUCCAGACGAGAAGAAGGCCAGACGGAGAGAUGACUGGAUUGCCAUCGCAAACUUCCAUCCCGGCUGGUUCGCCGCCAACAUGGGAACUGGAAUCACUGCCAUCCUCUUGGAGAGACUGCCGUUCCAAUUUCCUGGCCUGCACUACAUCGCCGUCGCUAUCUUCAUCCUCAACAUCGCCCUCUUCACCCUCUUCCUCGCCAUCUCCAUCGUGCGCUAUGGCCUCUGGCCAGAGAAGUUCAAGCAGAUGCUCGCCCAUCCCGCCCACUCCAUGAUGCUCGGCACCUUUCCCAUGGGCUUCGCCACCAUCAUCAACUUGACCGUCUUCAUCUGCGUGCCCAUGUGGGGUGACUGGGCCGCAACCAUGGCCUGGAUAAUGUGGUGGAUCGACGCUGCCGUUAGCAUCUUCACCUGCUAUUAUGUUCCAUUCGUUCUAACAACCGUUCAUCCCGCCAAGCUGGAAACGAUGACCGCCGCAUGGCUUCUUCCCAUUGUAGCACCGGUCGUCGCGGCGGCUUCGGGCGGCGUCGUCGCUGAGGUCCUGCCAAACGACUCCCACGCCAUGCUGACCGUCAUCUUCUGCUAUAUCAUGUGGGGUUCGGCCGUGCCAUUCGCCAUGGUCAUCAUCGUCAUCUAUUUCCAGAGACUGGCUCUGCACAAGGUCGUCCCCUCAGCUGUCAUCGUCAGUACUUUGCUUCCCGUUGGUCCCCUUGGCCAAGGAGGAUUUGGCAUCAUGCAACUUGGAAUCGUGGCAAAGAGAGUCUUCCCAACAUCCGAGGUCCUGUCGCCUCUUGCCGGUGAGAUCUUCUAUGCAGUCGGAGUCUUCAUCGCCCUGGUGAUGUGGGGUUUCGGCCUGGUCUGGCUGUGGUUCGCCGCCGCCUCCUUUGCCCGCGGCCCGUUCCCGUUCAACCUGGGAUGGUGGGCGUUUACUUUCCCGAUCGGUGUGUUCACAACCGCAUGCACCCUGUUCGGAAAGGAAUUCAACUCGGUGGUCUUCAACAUCAUCGGAACAAUUCUCUCCGUGUGCGUAACCCUGCUCUGGAUCAUGGUCUUUGGCUUCACCAUCUGGAAGUCGUGCACCAAGGAGCUCUUUAGACUAUAGACGAAAGGACGAUGUAAUGCCCCCC